AUGACGUACAAUAGUUCCAGACACUACCCCACACAACUUGUCUCAGACCGUAUCUCCUCCAAGGCCAAAGGAGGGAGUGACUGGCUCACCCUGCCCAAAGCUACACUCAACAUAACACCAAACCCUGCAUACACUGGAGAGACAGUAACUCUGACAUGUUCAGUGGGGUCUGACAGUGGCUGGAGCUAUACAUGGUACAAAGGCAACACUAAGAAAGUAGUGACCUUGUCUGGCAGACACUCGACAACAGGAACCACCUUCACCAUCAGUAGUGCUGCUGAGUCUGACCAGGGUCUCUACUGGUGUCAGGGAGAGAUCCAGUCCAGAUCCAUAUCAUCAAUCAUCAGUGAUCCUGUCACUAUCACUGUGAAAGAGAGACCUGAGGCUGUUCUGACCCUCCAACCCAACUGGCCCCAGAUUUUCAGUGGAGAGACUGUCACUCUCAGAUGUGACAUACAGGCGGGAGAAGAGAUUGAGUAUGCUUUUUAUAACAGUGGGAAGUUGGUCUCCACCAAAACAGAGCCCGAGUACAGAAUCGAUCCUGCAAAGAAUGGUUUAUAUACCUGUGAAGGUCUUCAGAAAAGAAAUGGCUUAAAACCCUCCCAGACAAAUCAACCCCAAGCUGUCCUGAGUGUCUCUCCUCAGUGGCUGGACCCUGGAGACUCAGUUACUCUGAGCUGUUGGGUUAAAGAGUCAUCUGCAAGCUGGAGGUUCUUCUGGUACCGAACUGUUCCCUACACAGCUGGGUUACUCUCCCUGUCAGAUAGGUCCUACUCUGUAGAGCCUCUAUCUGGCAAUGGGACUAGUGAAGCCUCCUACACUCUGAUCCCUACUGGUCCUAGUCACACAGGAGGAUAUGUGUGUAGAGCUGGAAGAGGAGACCCAGUUUAUGACACACUCUACAGUGAACCUCAGUUUCUCUGGUCAGGAGAGCCGCAACCUUCAGUGUCUCUCAAAAUGAGACCUAACAGAACUCAACACUUUACAACAAAGUCUCUCUCACUAAGCUGUGAGGAGAAGGGGAACACUAUUGGAUGGAAACUGAAAAGAUACAGAGAGAAAGCAGUGGAUUCAGAGUGUGGCUCUAACUGGGGAUCAAUAGCAGGAUCCAAAUGUACCAUAAUGUUUACGUUCUCACGGGACAGUGGAGUGUACUGGUGUGAGUCUGGAUCAGGAGAGUACAGUAAUGCUGUCAACAUCACAGUGGCUGCUGGUGCUUUAAUCCUGGAGAGCCCUGCCUAUCCCAUAACUGAGGUAGACUCUGUGACUCUGCGCUGUACAAAUAGUUAUCAGGAAACAAACCCGAACCCCAGGGUUGAUUUCUACAAAGAUGGAGUACUCAUCAGGAAUGAAACCACAGGAGAGAUGAACAUCCCUGCAGUGUCCAAGUCAGAUGAAGGCUUCUAUAAGUGUAAAUCUAAAGAAGGAGAAUCACCAGAGAGCUGGGUGACAGUGAGAGGUGAGAAGAGCAGUGUGUGUGUGUGUUGAUGGUAAAACAUGUGUUUGAUAUUCUCUCCAGGUUCUGUUGUCUCCAUCUCUCAGCUGCCCAUGGUGCUGUGUGGUUUACUAGUGGUGUCUCCCUUUCUACUGGUGUCUAUUGUGCUGAUGAUAAAAUGUUGCAGUGCUCGAGGUGACCACUUUAUUUCAGUAUACUCCUUCUUUAUGUCAUGCUCUUAUAUCACUGCCUUGGCAGUAGCUAAUGGGAAUCCCUAAUCAGUACAAAUACAAGAAUACUGUUAUCAAGUAAUGUUGACUGAAAUUGUUCAUUUCAAAUUUAAAUAGACAUAAGUUGCAGCUAUUUCUGUUAAACGUCUUCUAUGGACACUUUUUACCCUUAAAAAAGGCUAACUAACCUUUCCAUUACCUCUGAUGUUGUGCAAUUGAAUCAGUUGAACUCAGAUGCUAAUCUCUGCCCAUGAUAUUCUUAUAGGCCAAAUCUCCUCAAGACGAGUUACCAUCUGAUGAUGUCAUCAAACAGACUGAAUCAUCCAUGUGAUCCGUUACAAUAUGAACUGUCAGCUGAAAAAAACACGUUUAUGAUUUUGACGUUUUUUGCCAUUGCCUUGCCAUUGAUUUAUGAUUGUGUUUACUGAGUUUAAUAUCUGAAUGUUACGAUUUUGUAGGUUAACAAUUUCAGCUUUUGGUGGUUUGUGUCCUUUCCUCUGUUAUUGUUAAAUGUUUUCGAUUUUUGUUAUUAUAUUGCACUUACCUCUCUUUAACUUCUGUUAAUUAAACAAGUGUAGUGCCUGUUUUUAUUUCAAGGCCCAGUGCAAUAAAACAUGUGAUUUUCCUGUG